AUGUUCUUAUUCCGCAGGAAAGUAGUUGUAGUGGGAUGUUCGCAAGAGGCUGCGGCGCAGAGGAGUAGUGAGGCCAAGACUAGUUCCGAGACCGGAGGUAGUCCCGGUUUUCUGGUUAGUCCAAGUCGUUCAGAAAGCAGUCCAGGACGGCGUCCGGGUAGUCCAGGACGGCGGGCGGGUAGUCCAGGACGGCGUCCGGGUAGUCCAGGACGGCGGGCGGCGUGGCAGGGGAUAUCAUGCAUAAGUCAGAGUCCGACGGAUCCGGAGAGGAUUGCGGUAAUCGCGGGCAGUUCGAUCGUGCUAUACCGAUGCACGGACGCGCUAUUGCAGCCCACUGCUCGCUUCGAGAAGACGACGUCCCCUCAGAUCCGGUGGCGGUAUGUCAGCUGGGGGGUGGAGGAUGGGCAGACGUUGGUGGUCAUAUCGGAAAAUAGGAAACACGUGUGUUUAAUUAACUUAUUGGCAGCGGCCAAUACAGAUGGCGUCGUCACUGAGUCCUCACCAUCCGUUGGCAUCAAACCACCGCCACCACAACCCAGUCCGGCUGUUAAGCCUAAAGCCCUUAUGGUCGGUGAACCGGUGCCCAUCAGCCAAACGGCCUCUGGCAAUCGAAUUACCAAGCUCGAGACUGACCAAAAUAUGAUCCGAAAACUUAUACCCAAUCUCAUGUUGUCCUUCCCACUACCCCUCAACAACGCUUACAACAUCGGACAUGCACAAAUCGGCCGACUACUACUUGUCUUCGAUCCAUCACCUACCAUCGCCGUUAUCUCCUCGGGACAAACGCAAAUUACUACUUUCAUCCAUCUACCCAUGCUCAAGACACCCACUUGUCUACACACUACCAGUGCCGACCAAACUGCUGCCUUCUCCGCAGACCGCGCCAACGACCGCGCCACUGACCGCGCACUCGAAACCGACCGCCCCCGCGUUCGAACCGGCGCCACGCAAACCGGCACCAGAACUGACCCUAUUAAUGCCUUCACCGACACCGGCCAAACGGAAGCUAACGACGAAGCUGGUGCACCCGGCCAGAAAGCAAGUUUGCUACGCGAUAAUUCGCAACGCACGGACUCUGGACCUCUUGACUCCGACCCCGAUCGUACUGAUCCCGAUCGUACUGAUCCCGAUCGUACUGAUCCCGAUCGUACUCAUCCCGAUCGUACUCAUCCCGAUCGUACUGAUCCCGAUCGUACUCAUCCCGAUCGUACUGAUCCCGGCCGCCCGGACGUGCAUACUCCGACUGGCGAAGCCGGGCGGAAUGAGGUGAUGCCGGGUGGGUGCUCGAUAAGUGAUGCCCCUCGGGGUUUGCGUGGGGGAUCGCUGAGUCGUUUGCGAAACAAAUCGUUGAGUCGUCCGGAGUUGAGUCGUUUGCAUGAAGGAAUGUCUCGACACAACAGCGACGUUGUGGUGUCGCAUUCAAGUAGAGGUGAAGGCUUGAUGCGGAUAUUAGAUUUACCUGAAGGUGUUUGGCCGGCUGUAAAUGCUCCGGUGUUUUCGUACGGGCGAGGGGAGGGUCGUUCGGAGACAUCCAGUGGUCGUUCACUGGCUCAGAUUUUGGACGUAAAACAGACUAAGACGAGCGAGACAGAUCGGCAACGUAUUAACGCCGUCUUUGGUAAUCGAGGCGUUGUAUGGAGCGACUUUGAUCGCGUCUCCGGCGCCAUUCUCGCCAUGCUCGGUACCGGCAUGCUCAUGGCAGUCCAAGCCGUCCCACCAACAACUAGGGCGGGCGCCUUCCCCACUUCCUACGCUGAAGCCUAUACCCUUAGCGAGCCUGACCUGCCGCUGCUGCAGUCUGGGCAGCAACUGUCUGGACAGCAACUGUCUGGGCAGCAACUGCCUGGACAGCAACUGUCUGGACAACAACUGUCUGGGCAGCAACCGCCUGGACAGCAACUGCCUGGACAGCAACUGUCUGGGCAGCAGCAGCAGUCGUGCAGACAGCCGCCGUCGGGACAGCUGCCGUUCGGGCAUUCGUCGUCCAGGCAGCUUUCCGCUCAACUUUCCGGUCAGGCUGGGUUCAAUUUGAGUCCGGGGAGCGUCAUUUCGGGGAAAUUGCGUGCGUCAUCGAGCACAAACUUCCAGCAGCUGGCUGGCGCACCCGUAACGACGGGUGGCCGCGGUAGUCGGAAAUUGGCUGAGGAGAUGCAGCGUCGUUUCAUUGGUCGGAUAAUUGGUUACGAGCAAGUUGAGAAUGUGCACUUCGUUUCUUUCUGUAUCGUUAGUCGAGAGAUCAUUGUCGCGCGUAAAGAUCCGCCACUACUUGUCAGUUACCGUUGCUCCAAUUGGGCAAGUGUUGGUGUCGCCGCCACACCACUGUUCGCGGUACCGUAUUUUGCACACGCAACACACUAUUGGUCCAGCAACGGUGCCUUCCUGUGCGUUGUCGUUCCCGACGACGAUGCACCACACACAGCCGGCUCGCCGAACGGAUUCCAGCCCAGACCCAUUUCUGUACAAUCCGACCCAGAUUCCACCGACCCCAACGCCGCCCGGACCCCCGAUGGCCGGAGUUCUCUCGAUGACCAAAGUCCUCCCGAUGACCAGAGCCCCCCCAAUGGCCAGAGUCAGAGCCCCCCCAAUGGCCAGAGUCAGAGCCCCCCCAAUGGCCAGAGUCCUCCCGAUGACCAAAGUCCGCAAAGCCCAAGUUUAAAGGAAGGUCGAAGUUUAAAGGACCAAAGUGCCGAGGGGGCCGUGGGACCGGGAAGUAGCACGCUAUAUUGGUACACAAGGGCAGGCGAGUUGACACAGACAUUGCGUGUACCUUCUCGGAGUCCGCCGGUAUUGUGGGCAUCAGAUUGCACGAAGGUGUUGAUAGGUGUGCGCAAUUUAUUGA